GGGCCCUUAUGACUCGGACGUAGCUUUGAGAGUCCCACCUUGGCUCUACGACUACUUUUGCAACUUCGUUCUCCGAUAUUCAAGUGUCGAUUGACGAUAUUGUUUCUUUCGAUUUGCACCUGUGUAGUCAACUUUCGUCGCAACCAUGGAUCUCGUCAACAGUCUCGAAGGACGCCUGCUCUUUGCGGUACCAAAAAAGGGCCGAUUAAACGCAGCUACGUUGAAUCUUCUAGAGGGCGCCGAUAUCCAGUUCCGCCGCGAGAACCGCCUUGACAUCGCCCUUGUCAAGAACCUCCCCAUCGCCCUCAUUUUCCUGCCCGCGGCGGACAUCCCCACGUUUGUCGGCCAGGGCCGCGUCGACCUUGGCAUUACGGGAUGGGACCAGGUCAAGGAGCACGAUGCUGCCGUCAAGGCCGCCGCCAGCGAGGAUCCUUCGUCGCCGGUCUCGGGCAGCGAGAUGGUCAUGGACCUCGAGUUUGGCGCGUGCAAGCUGCAGGUUCAGGUCCCCGAGAAGGGACAAUACGCCACCGGCACAGACCUGAUUGGCCGCACAAUUGGCACGAGUUUCGUCAGCCUGACUGAAGAGUACUUUGCCCAGCUGGAGGCACAGGCAGGCGGAGCUGCGCCUCAGAAGCUGCGGACCAAGAUCAUUGAGCUGAGCGGCAGUGUUGAGGCAGCUUGUGCGCUGGGCGUCGCCGACGGCAUCGUGGAUCUUGUUGAAUCAGGAGAGACCAUGAGGGCUGCGGGCCUCAAGGCCAUCGACACCGUUGUCGAGUCGGUGGCUGUCCUCAUCAAGUCGCGCUCACCGUCCAACACCGACUUGGUAGACCUCAUUGCGGCACGUAUCCGCGGCGUCAUCACUGCCCAGCGAUAUGUUCUGUGCCAAUACAACAUUGAGCGGUCAAGCAUCGCUGCGGCCACGCAGAUCACACCAGGAAAGCGUGCUCCCACAGUCACAUCACUGGAUGAUGGCUGGGUUGCUGUGAGCUCAAUGGUUGAGAAGAAGAAGAUUGCGCUCGUCAUGGAUGACUUGAAGCGAGUGGGUGCUCAGGAUAUCCUUGUCCUGGACAUCCACAACACACGAUAAAUGCGUAAUGGGAAAUGGGAAAUGAGAACUGCAUAAAGAAGAAAGAUAUAAAAAAGCGUUACGGUAAAAAGGAAAAGGAGGAGGAGUACCCAAAAGGCGUCAUGGCAUUAGAUUCAUACCAACUGGCCAAAACUAAAUACAUACACUUGCAGAUAUAUUUUGUGCCCCAACCAUAUUCUUUGAUAUUUCAUUCAAUUCGUUCAAUAUAUAAUUAGCAGACAAAAUCUAACCGGUCUAAAUCUAGGGUAAGUCGUCAUAGCGAUAGGAGCUUCUGUCCGUAGCGCGUAAAGUCGUGCUGCGUCGAAUGCUAUCAAUCCAUACCGAGCCGUCCAGCAUGUCCUGAACCGAGGCCAGGUUGCUACUAUCUGCCGGGCGUUCAAGCUCUGCUGCUGUCGUUUCCUGGAUAUCAGGUGUCUCAAGUUCGAAGCUGAAAGUUGAAGAGCCCCUGGGUUCCUCAUUUGCCGAAAGUGACGAGCGCGGCAACCCAAGGGGGUGGCUUUGGGAAGUGGUGCCUGAUGCCGUAUUGCCAUGCCAGCUUAGCUUUCUUUGCUCGUCCGCGUCAGCAUCAACACCAAGCUGGCGCAUCUUCACUUCGGCAUCUCC